AUGCAGGAGAACGCAUCAGAUGAAGAAAUAGAAGGUAACAACAACAAGAAUAACGUUGUUGAAUUUGAUUUUGCAUUACCAUUAAAUCGAUUAGUUCAAGAUUUAGGCAAAAGACAUGAACAUUUAGCCAUAUUACUCGAUAUACCACCCGAGGACGAAGUACUUAGUUUCUCAUUCAAUACAGUGGUAGCAUUAUGUGAUCCAUUUACACAACCUCAAGAAACCACGGAAAGUAUUUUAAGUGUAGAUUCCAUCUCGGACUUGUUAAUUGCUAUAGUAUAUGGGCAUUAUUUAGAGGCGAAUCGAGAAACGAUCAAUGAGGAAGAUAUAGAACUAGAAUCGAUUAAGUUUGAUAUAUCCACUCAGUUCUUUGCAAUAUUGAGAUAUAUCCAUUCACUCCUAAAUGCAGAAGAUGAAUUAGACUUACGAUAUAUUGAAAAUGAUGAAGAACAUUAUCAAGAAAAUAUUCAAUUAUGGACACCUGAAGAAAUACUAUGGAGUGAUGAAUUAAACCUUAAGAUAGUCUACUGCAUUGCCUGUGUACUUUUAUUAGCAAUUUACAAACUAUUCAAACCGACUUCAGGAGAAUAUAACCUAACAUUGAAUCCAUACUUACAUUAUUUUCUUAAAUUAUGGAAAUGUCACACCAACAUCAUCUUACUCGGACUCGAAAUUGACCGAAGAAUAGAAUUUCAAAAUCACGAGAACUCAACGGUGGAAGAAACUCCAGAAGUAAUAAAGCAAACCCUAAAAGGAUCAAGUUCCAUUAGAUACGUCCUAGCAUGGAUCCUAAACCAAAAUCCUUCACUGGUUGUCGAAGAUGAAGACGAAGAAGGAGGCGUUAUUCCUGCCGGCGAAUCAGAUCUCUCUCCCCAAGAUGAUUUCGACUUGAAAAAUGAAACAAUACUUAAUUUUAUCCAACCAUUAGCCAGGAAAAAGGUCAACGGAGGAGCGAUUCUGAUCGAUAUGAGACUUGUUGUAAUUGCAUUAUUGAUAAUUUAUUCCGGCACGACAUUCACAGCAGCGUCGUUUGAAGUAGAGGAUAAACCUUCAAGAAAUCAAAGUGAGGCUAGUAGAAGAUUGAAUCAAUCCAAACAAAUCGCCGAGUUGGGGGAUAUUUUAAUUGAUUUGGAAUAUGCAGAUCGAUUUGAUGAAGAUAUUAAAUAUAUUUUUGAGUAUGAAUAUGAUGACUCUUCNUAUGCAGAUCGAUUUGAUGAAGAUAUUAAAUAUAUUUUUGAGUAUGAAUAUGAUGGCUCUUCUGAUGUUGAAUGGCUGGAGGGAGAAGAAGAACAUAACGGUAAAGAAUCCGAAACGAAACUGCAACCAGAAUCGAAGAUAAGAAAUGAGACAGCCGAUGAACCACAAGUGGAGAACAACCUAGUAGAAGAAACAGAGGCGAUCGAAUUUGACGAAUUUGGUAGGGAUUGGAGAGAUAUUCCAAGAGGAGAUAAUGAAAAAUUACGCAAAAACUUCCUAAAAUUAUUUUCCGACUUUGAUAAAAUGGAAGAUAAGAAUCUGUCAGAUGAUAUCUUUACCCUGUGGGGACAACUUUAUGGAUGUUUACAAUUUGUGACCUUGAAUAGUAUAGAAGGAAACACAGAAAUCGAGGAAAGAGUAGGUCAAGUUGUUCUUAAUACCAUUUCAAAGGCUAUUUGGGAUAAAGCCAACAAUAGACCUAAUCCAAUUAAUCCUCAUCAUGUAUCGCAGUAUUUUGCCUUGCUGGCGUCAGAAGAUGAAAUUACAGUGACCCAAGAGAAUAAUAAGUUAAUUGUUCCAAUUUUUAAUAUAACCAAGUUUGAAUUAUUCCUUCAUAAUAAUUCGAAACUUGCAAGAUGUGUAAUGGAUGAAAUGUUGAUGUGUUCAGGAGAAAGAAGAGUUUUGAUAUGGUUUUUAACUCAUAAUUUGAAUUUAUCCAAUCUUUUAAUUGAUUAUGUUUAUCAGCUUUUGGCUGGUCUUCGAGGAAAUUCGAAAAGUCAAACGCCCUAUCUAUUCACUCGAGAAGGAAACAAGGUUAAUCUUAGUGAAGUUGAACAACUGAUGUUGCUUCAUGAAUUUUUGACAAAUAGUAAUGUUUAUUUAUCAGCCACUGAUGGGAUAGAAAUCGAUGAUGGGUAUAAAGUAGUUUUGGCAGAGUCUAUUGCCAAAAAGCAUAUGCUGAUUCUUUGUCUAAUGAUAAAUCAAUUAAUAAAGAUUGGGAUUAUUAACUUGGCUCAACAAGGGCAGCCCGAUGAAAAGAAUGUCGAUGACAUACAUGAUUAUAAGAACGAGCUUCAGGUGUUGCUAAUCAAUUGGAUCGGUAAGGUUCCUGAAGCUAGACAGUUGUUUUUCAAAAUUAAGAAUGCCAACUAUGAGAAAGUACCAAAAGUGGAACAAGCACCUUCGGAAGUCAAAGUCACAGAAGCAGAAGAAAGAGAAUUAUUUCAAAAGUACUCCAAUAUGUCGACAUUAGAGGUCAGCGAGGAUAUGAAGUCAAAUGAGCGAAGUGCCAAGAUAGUAGAGGCGUUCACAACUCGGAUUAAAGCAGAUAUAAAGACAAUCUUAAGUCCAGACAAGAACGCAAAUGUCAAUUUGACUCUGCUUUCCGAGGAUUUGCGAUACUUUAUUGAGCAGUUCAAUGUGCUUUGUAAAAUCGAGUAUGUUGCAGAGGAAUUAUUUGAUGAGUUUGAGCCAGUUAUUACAACAGGAUCCAUAUCGAGUGUAGAUGCAAUCCCUGUAGAAGCCAAUCCUGGAGAACAAUUUGAAGCUGAAUUCAAUACUGAUUUCUUGAAUGGAGAAGGAAAGUUUAAGCAAAAGAACAAUGAAAAUGAAGCUUCAACAAAGAAAAAGGGGAAGAAGAAGAAAAAGGGAAGGAAGAAGUAA